UUUCUGUUCAUUAAUAGCGUUGCCGGCUAGUAGACCUCAGCGUUCGUUUCGCAUACGACCUGCGUUGUUUUGUUUUGUUUACAUGUUACCUCUACGGGCCCAACACACCUAAUUACCCUGUCGGCACCUUGAGACGUUUGGAAUUCACCUGAACCGGCAGAUGCGUCGCAGCUGUCGGCCGGGCCAGUUCUCUCGCCCCGCGCGCUCCCGCCCCGCAAUCCGCGCAAUCGCGGCUAACAGUUUUAUUUCCCCGAAUAAACUUUAUCAAACAAAGCGUGUGUGCCCCGCGCCCUGCAUCUGCUCACCCAGCUGUUCCUGUUGCAGCUGGCUGCACUCUCUCACUCUAUCGUGGAACGCAUCAGACGCGUCGAGCGAGACAGCGAGUAGCUAGCGUAAUCAUAUCGAGACCCUUCAAUUCCCUGUACACGGACCAUUCGCAGUCCGCAUCCCGACGCCGCCGGGCAAACCGCGGGUUAUUAUGACGAGUAAGCGUAAACGUGAGCGCGACAAUGAAGCUGUGCGUCAAGUUAAGCGUCAACGGCGCCGCAAACGAUCUCGCAGCGAACCUUUAAUGAAUGAUUCAGAUAACGCUGAGAAGCGUCAAGCGCUGAAGCGUUUGUUUGGGAGAUUCUGUUCUGUGGAAAUGGAAAAUGAACAACAGGAUUCUGAUGAAUUAUUUGAUGACAAUGAAAACGAAAGAUCUAAUGGCUAUGUGGACGAGAACGACGAUCCACUUCUUGAUUCUGUGCCAGUCGAUAUGGAUCCCGAACAGCUUGGUUUUCUGGUGUGCGCACAGGAGACUCUCCGCUUCCUUCACGGGCGCGGAAUUUCCACCGAACACCCAGUGUUUACCCGGCUGCGCCUGCGCCUGCUCCGAGGGAUCGGUGAGAUGGCAAUGGCCUGAGUAAUGCUUGGCCCAGAGCCCUCACGAUAUUAAAUUUUUCUACACCCUUACUUCGGACUCCUGCUAGUGUUUAUUUGUUGAGUGUCGAUCGAUGUGAAUUCCCCAAACAAUGUAUUUCCUACUUCUAACUCCCGGGCUCUGGAUAGUGCUUAAGGCAUUUAAAUGUGAAGUCGGUCCUAUCAAACGAAACUUCAGGUGGCCCGCGAGGGUUCUCUAGUCAUAAACUAGUCAAUAAUAAAUAUAUUUGUUAAACAAAAAAGUAUUACUAUAUUAUUGAUUGUAAUAAAUUCGUCCAAUAAAA